AUGACCGAUUCUGAAUCAUGUUGGCAUUGGGGCAAUGGGGCGCCGUGGGGAGGAUGCAAAGCUGGAGAGAUAUUUGCAAUUUCCGAGGAGUCGCAACAGUGCUGCCUUUCGCGGGAGCAGAAACCCCUCGUUGGGCAAAUACGGAAUGAGGGCGGGAGUUAUGAAACCGGACAUCAAGCAUGCGGAGGAUGGGUCGAGACUCCUUAUCCAGGGAACGAUGACGAACGGGGCCAUAUUGCUAGGAAGCAUCGAAGAUACGAACAACGGAUUUGGAGUACCAGUGUGAUCGAGGUUUCAUCAGGCAAGAGCCGAGGAGGCGGAGUGCACUUAGAAUCGCCGGACGAACCGACAGACACGGAACUAAAUCUGGACGAUGCAUUUGGUCACGCGUAUAACGGCGUGUACUUCUGCAGCACAUCUCGCGAUCCUUCCCCUGAGGGAGAGAAGUCCGCGGGCAGGUCAGGCGCCUGCAGUAUCAAGAUCAGCGAAGAGAGAAAACGACGCAUCCAUACCGAUACACUCGCAAAUGAGUUCGUUCAUAUCAGCGGUCCAGCCAGGCAUAUUCAUUCAGUUGAGACGAGUGGGGCUAGCCUGAGCAGAAGGAGAUGCUCAGUUUGGACCUGGAAAACGCCACUGACGCGCGAAAAAAGCGGAGACAGGAGACGGCGUCCUCGGAAGUUUAAGAUGAGAUACAAUUUGGGGAACGGCGAUGAUAUAACGGCAGAUAAUGACGCAUCCGCACGUAAGCCUCUGCAUGAUGACCAGCAGUCUCAUCUUGUUCGUAAUGGAAGCAUUGAAAGAAAGGAGGUCAUCCUGGUCAUGGCUGAUUUGCAAGAGGCGCAACCGUCGCGCGGCAAAGGGAUGCAUACGCGAGUCGCGCUUGUCACGGGCGCAUAUUGUCACGCUCGUGCCGAAUCAUGA